UAAUGUUAUAGAGUAGGUUUUUUUUUAAAUGAAAAUAUAAAUAAUCAUUUCUAGUAUUAUUUUAACAGUCUAAGGAAUAAAGAGUUAAAUACAGAGUGGAACAAAAUUUUAUUUGAGAAAGAACAACUUAUGACAGAGAAAAAGAUGACAGAUGAUGAACUUCAAAAAUGUAAAGAUAAUAUUAAGAAUGUUAAAAAUACAGAUGAAGAAGCCAAAAAUCAAAUUGACAUUUUAAAACAAGCUAACCUCCUAUUAAGCAAUGAAUUAGAGGAAGUAAUGGAGAAAUUAAAACAGAAGGAUGAAGAAGCAAAAAACAAAGUUGAUGAAAAUGAAGAAAAUGUUAGAAAUAUUGAAAAUGAAAUGUCAAAAAAGGAAAAACAACUGAAAACAUUAGAAAACAAGGUUAAUAAUUUAAAGAAGCAGACUGAAAUGAAAAUCAAGAAUAUUGAAGUACUGCAACAAGAAAAUAAAAGCUUGAAAAAGAAACUUGGAUCAGAAAGCAAGCAACUGAGUAUUACUGAAGGAAAGGUGAACAAUUUACAGUUAGAGUUGGAAAACACAAAUAGGUUACAUAAAGAAACAAGUGACAAGUAUAAAAAUGAAAUUGAGAUGUCUAAGACAAAUGAAAAAAGACUUCUCAAAGAGAUAGAAACAAUGAAUUCUUUAACUAAUGAAGCAGUGGCAAUGCAGAAAGAGAUAGAUAUUCGAUGUCAGCACAAGAUUACUGAAAUGGUAGCACUUAUGGAAAAACAUAAGCACCAAUAUGAUAAAACAGUGGAUGAGAAAGAUACAGAAUUAGAGUUUCAUAAGACAAAACUGCAAGAACUAUCAUCAGAAAUAGAGUCUUUGAAAAAUGAACUUUCUUGUAAGAAAAAUGAAGUUUUUUCUCUUCAGGAGCAGCUUGAAAGAGAAAUUAAUGAGAAGGACAACCUCGCCAGAGAAGUAAAUCAGAAACUACAGGCAUCACUUGUAGAAAUUCCUAAAGCUACUAGUUCAGGCUCUCUGUCAGUUAACGCACAAAAGAACAUACAUCAACAUUUUAUACCUAUUAAUGAGAACAUAGAAUAUAUAGACAAGUCUUCAUGGACACCUGCCAAGACAUAUACUGUAAAGACACCACCAAAAUCUAAACUGCUAAGAGAAAACACCAAUUUAGUUUCAGAAGGAAGAAAAAAGAAAAGAAAAGUUAUUUUGGAAUUGGAUUCUCGGUCAGACAGCUCUGACAACACUGAUCUCCUGAGUAUUGUAACAGAACAAGAAAUGUUUAAAAAGCUGAAUAAAGACUAUUCAGAAUCUUCUCAUCUAUGCUUCAGGACACCAAAGCAGAUUCAAGCUCCAUCUAUUCUGAAAACUCCAGGAUCUUCGAUGAAACUUGCCACUGUAAGAAAGAUGCAAGAGGCAGGAUGGACUACAAUCUCCAAAAUCGACAGAAGAAGAAAAAUGAAAGAAGCUGGAAAGCUCUUUAUUUAAAUCAAAUCUUUUUUUUCCUUUUAGAAGAAUUAAUUGUUCAGUUAGAUAAUAUAUUUAUAUUCAAAGUUACUUUUCUAUUAAUAUUGUGUGAAGCCUCAGUGGACAUAUAGAUUGACAUGCCCUUUGAAACUGUUUUGCAAAGUGGAUUCCAAUACCUAAUCCCAAUACUAGAUGCAGCAUGGUUAGCCAUGUUGAAGAGGCCACUGCUGUGUCUGUAUUGCUUUGCAACACAUUUCUAAUGAUAUUUACAAUGAAGUCCAUCUCAUUGCAUUGGAAUGAAAUACUCUGGUGAUCAGAGUCAAUAUAGCUCUGCAAAGCAGCUCUACUUCACACAUGUCUACUUUCUAUAUUUUGUUUCAAUAAUAUUAAUUUUUACAGUAAUGUAUCCAAAUUCUUUUGAAAAUGCUUUAUAUGUUGAACACAUCUUUUAAAAGCUUAUCUUAUAGAGAAACCCUUUUCUUGUAGCUACAGUUGUAUGUGGGAAGUAUAUACAUUCUUCUCUUAAGAAUUUGACCUGUGUGUAAGAACAAUAAUUAGUAAGCAGAAGUAAUCUAUACUUCAGUAGAAAAGCAAAGCAAGAUUUCUUCCCUUAACCCUUUGUUAGCCUUCCCAUAUAUUCUUCAGGUGAAAAUUAAUGUAAGCAAAUAUGAAUGUUACCAUUAUUAAUAUGAUUGAACAUAUAGUUUAAAUAAUUAAAUGUUUACGUUAUUUACCAAAGUACCACCAUAACACAAUCUCAAAUUGAUAAGUUUUUAAGUUUUUUUCAAA